AUGUCUGAGCACCGGCCCUCCUGUCAAGGCUGUUAUGUCGGUACACUUCUCGAAGUGGACCCACAGACUGGAAAGACAAGCAAGCCCUUAACUAUAUCCAGCAGUAACGAGAUAUACGUCGGCCGAGACCGGAAACGAUGCCAAUACGUUGUAAACGAUCCAUUCAUCUCCAACAGACACCUCCGAAUCUACACCAUCAUUUUCGACCAAGAGAAUCCUGACGAAGUCGCACCGUUAGUAUACGCUCAAGAUAUCUCGCUGAACGGCACGGCGUGGAACAACUAUCCCAUGGGAAAGGGAAAUGGCAGCUUUCUCCUCAGUGAUGGCGAUAUUCUGAAACUGUCCCCGAGUGUCCAUCUUUUGUACCGGCGCGACGGUCACAGAGCAGAGGAUCACUUUGACAUGCUGCAGAGAGUCGAGAUGAGGGUUUUCGAGGAUCAGUACACGAUUACACAGCGAAAACUAGGAUCCGGGGCGUAUGGGCAGGUGCAUAUGGCAUUCAACAAAGUGACUGGUCAGCAGCUCGCCUGCAAGAUCGUCGACCUCCGGAUUCUGAAAGAUAGGGUUAUUGAAGGGUUUGACGGUCAAAGAUCCAGGUUCUUUGGGAUGGAUACAGACCGCGUUGGUGCGGCGCGCGCGCACCAUGGGUACAUCGCAAGGAAAAUCCAGGAGAAGCUCGAAAUAUAUGACAGGGAAGCCAGGAUCUUGGCAAGGCUUAGCCAUGUAGGUUUGCUCGAAUCCCAUCAGAACGGCACUAACGGACAAUCUAAGGCGAAUAUUAUUAGAGUGGAAAAGGUGAUCCGGUCAAGCAAUACGAUCUAUCUUUUCCAGGACCUCGUGACCGCUGGCGACUUGUUUUCGUUCAUCCAAUACAAAGGUGGAAGGCUUGGUGACAUCGAAGCCGCCGUCAUUGUGAGACAGGUUCUCAUGGCUCUGGAUUACCUCCAUGAGCAGAAUAUUGCUCACAGAGACUUGAAGCCAGACAAUAUUCUUAUGACGUCCCUGGCAGAUGGGAGCAGAGUGGUGCUCACUGACUUUGGAUGUGCGAGGCUGGUACAGCCACGGAUUGAAAGAAUGUCUACGAAAAUCGGCACGUAUGACUAUAGUGCUCCCGAGGUCCUUCGAUCCAGCCGACAAGGCUAUACCAAAGCCGUAGAUCUGUGGUCCCUAGGUUGCGUGACGACCGUGCUCCUGACCGGGGAACCACCUUUCAGCACUCCAUCACCUAAGUGUGGAACCAGUCAGGGCAAUAGACAGGGUGCUCUCGACAGCCUCGAGGCAAAUUUGACCUGCAACAUGAUUGGUAAGCGGGCGAAAGACUUUGUUCUUCGUCUCCUGGUCUUCGAUGAGGCAAAGCGCAUGGAUGUGAAGCAAGCGUUGGAUCAUUGUUGGUUCACCAACCCUGCUCAUAAGGAGGCAUUUGAAGCGCUCUACAAGCGAUCCAUUAGGGACUGGAAGCCUCGAGCACCGAAGGAGCCACUAAUGGUCGAGCUCCGCGAUCUGAUUCAAGUGCGCAAGACGAACGGAGAUGUCGUUCAGAUACAUUCCCAAGAGAGUUUGCCAAGCGAGUUUUCUGAAUCAGCUCUUCCAAGGGCAAGUGUCGCUCAACAGACAAUAUUAAAGGAAUCACCAUCGCCUGAAAUACGCAGAGUUCUCUCUCUGACACUCUCUGACCCUGAACUACCGCCACACGGCCAACUAGACGACAAUCCACAUCAACUCCAUGGUCUGGAAAACGAUACUGCCGAAAUUGAUUCAGAAGCAAGGAAGCUAGAUACCCUCAAGCAAAGCCUGGAAACUUCAGAGCAAUCUGAAGUACUCCGAGGUGAAAGCGAACAGUUCAACCAGUAUGAGUGGGCAAUCCCAUCUAUAAUCCCAGAUUUUAUUCCGAAGGCCAAUACCGCACUCUUGAAGAAUAUUAACAAUAGCUCAACAAGAAAGAAGCGUGCUGAUAACACCUGGGAGGAACUCGAGAAUGAGGUCUACGAGGAGGUCAGAAAUAGUAUCACCGGGAAGCGGCAGCGUUUGUUAUAUGGAGCAAACAUUGUCGCAAACUGGAUUUGA